GUUAUCGUCAGACACUAGUUGCUGCUAAAGAGAAGAAAUGGCCUCCUGGUUGGUAUCAUCAGCUCGUAGUCAUUUCUAUGUCCGAGGGGCAUAUCAGAGCCUGCUGCAGUCUUUUGUGGUUGCUCCAAGUAUCCUCAGACAUGCUUCUCUGACAUCUGAGGCAGCAUCUGCCAGUACUGAGGAUUCAAAACAGCUGGGCUCUCCUGAUGAGUUACCCGGACCAAACCUUUUCAGUUCUCUGUACUGGAUUUUAGUUAGGGGUUACAUAACACACACUCAGGAUUUACAGGUUGUCCAUAAGAAGAUGUAUGGCCCAAUUUGGAAGUCAACAUUUGGUCCAUACACUAACAUAAACAUUGCUAGUGCGGAGCUGAUAGAAGAAGUCCUAAGGCAAGAGGGAAAGUACCCCAUGAGAUGUGACAUGGCUCUUUGGAGAGAACAUCGAGAUGAGAGGGGCUUCACUUAUGGCCCUUUCACAGAGGAAGGCGAACGAUGGUACCAACUACGGGCUAACUUGAACCAGAGAAUACUGAAGCCCAAGGAUGCUGCGCUUUAUACUGGUGUCAUCAAUGAAGUCAUAUCAGACUUAAUCCAGAAGCUAUACUACAUAAGAGGAAACAGCCCAUCAGAGGUCCUGGUUACAGAUGUAGCUAAUGAAUUUUACCGAUUUGCAUUUGAAGGAAUUUGCUGCGUUUUAUUUGAAACUCGAAUGGGCUGUCUGGAAAAGGUGAUCCCAUCAGAGACACAAGAUUUCAUCAAUUCCAUUGGCUACAUGCUGUAUAACUCUGUAUUUGCAACAAUCUUGCCCAAAUGGACUCGGCGAAUCUUUCCGUUCUGGGAUCGAUACAUGAAGGGCUGGGACACCAUGUUUCAAUAUGGUAAGAUGUUGGUUGACAAAAAGAUGGAGACUAUUCAAGCUCGAAUAGACCGUGGAGAGGAGAUACAAGGAGAGUACCUGACAUCAAUGUUAGCUGGUGGUAAGCUGUCAAUGAAGGAGAUUUAUGGAAGUAUGGUUGAAUUACUGCUUGCUGGAGUGGACACUACAUCCAACACUCUUGCAUGGACACUCUAUCAUUUGGCCAAGGAUCCAAAAAUUCAGAAUUCCCUCUACCAGGAGGUAAAUGACGUGGUUUCAGAUAGGGUUCCAACAACAAAUGACAUUGCCAGAAUGCCUCUUUUGAAAGCAGUUAUCAAGGAAACAUUACGCAUGUAUCCUGUGGUGCCAUCAAAUGGCAGGGUUCCUGAAAAGGAAGUAGUUGUGAAUGGUAUCUCUUUUCCCAAAAACACACUCUUUCAUCUCUGUCACUAUGCUGUAUCUCAUGAUGAGAUCAACUUUCCAGAGCCCAAGAAGUUCAAUCCAAAUCGCUGGCUGCGAGAUGUUGGAUUCAAGCAUCACCCUUUCAGCUCAAUACCAUUUGGAUAUGGAGUCCGGGCUUGUGUUGGACGUAGGAUUGCAGAGCUGGAAAUGCAUCUGGCCCUCAUAGCAAUAAUGAAGACAUUUGAAGUGAGACCAGGACCAGACUGUGAGAAUGUUAUACCUGUAGCACGAACUGUUUUGGUGGCCAACAAACCAAUUAAUCUCCUGUUCAUUGAAAGGCAAUCGGUGACUUCUGCUUAAAGAAAUGAAGCAAAGCAACAACUUCGAAGGUCAUACGUUUUCUGCAAGAGUAUAAACAGAAUGAAAUAAACAUUGUAGAUCAUAUCAAGAAAUGAAUAUCUAAAGGUUACUAUUCAGAUUUUGUCCAUUUCACUGUGAGGUGUAGUGGAAUUUAUCUUUCAGGAUUAUCUUCGUGAAGUUUUAAGAGCCUUCACAGAGUAGCUUAAUGUACAGCAUGACUUUUUCUGGAAUUUUUCCAAAUCAGAACAAACUUCAUGAAUUUCUGUUUCUGUGUGCUAACAAAUGGAUCAUUUCAGGAAGAAAUGCAAGGCAUCUGGCUAAUUAUUUUUGCCUUAUGAGAUAUGUGGCCAGUAACCAAAUUUCCAAAAGUUGAGAGGAGGAGUUGAACCAGGUCAUGUCAUUUCUUGUAUACAGGUUUAAAAAUCACCUCACAGGUACUGAUUUUUGCCUAGCACUAUUGCAGCCUUUCUGCUUCAAAGGCAGAUGGUGGUGAAAAAUUUAUUUUAAUUUGCGCUGCUUCUAUACUUUGCUGGAUCUAAAGUCUUCUUAAGAUGCACAGUCUUGCUGUGCUGUUUACUGCUGAAUCAGAGACACAGAGCUUUGCAUGACUCCAUCUGUAGUCUGCUUAAAGCACCAAGCCUUUCAAAUUGCACACUGAUAAAGAAAUAUAUUUUGUAGCUAUAGGCACAGUUACAGAUAACUUAUUUUAUAAUAAACCACAUGUACUCUUUCUGUUGGAUUGCAGUAUAUAUUUACAAAGUUUUCCUUCAUUACAGAUAUGAAUGAUGACUUCUACAAAAUACCUCUCUCUGUCCCUCUCUC